UCUUAUUCGUUGGAGAAGUUACUUCUUCUGCAGAGAAAGGAAAUGUAUUUAAAAAUUGCAAUGAUUCAACUCGUGUAGGGAUUUUUAUGAAAGAUUGUAUUGAUUCAGCUGUAGAUAAAGGCGCAGAUAUUAAAGUAUUGGUAAAAUUCAAAAUCGAUUUUUACAUAAUGGAACUUAGUUCCAAAGGAUUAUAUUUCAUGUACAAUGUUGGACAAGUUUUGAUUCCUGCUUCAGUAAAGGAAAUAUCACAUCUCAUCAAUGACUUAGAAACUUUGCUUAUGGUGUGCGAAAUUUUUGAAAAAUCAUUUGUUGAUUUUUUUGACAAGUUAUGCAAUCCAAAACAAGGAACUGAAAAAGCAUCGUUUAAAUGUGAAACUUUAUUUACACCAAGUUUUAAUAUGCUUGUAAAUCACUCACGUAAUGUCAACAGAAAGUGUCCUUUUUGGUUUGGAAGAUUUUAA